UAAUAGCCAAAAUGGGGAGCUCCAGUACGAAACAAUUUGUAGACGUUUAAGCGUGCAUGAACAAAACUUUAAAAAAGAAGAAAUCAAUAUCGGAUAAUUCGUUGAUUUUCACUUGUACCGAAUGUAUUAAAUCAGUGGCACUAUAUAUUAGAAAAAUAAGUGCAAAUAUAAGGAAAAAGAAAUAAUAAAACAUAAAAUGCCGGCGUCUUAUAAUUUUUGGGAUAAAGACAAACCUACUGAAAAGAAAGAUGAAACAAAUGGGGGUGUGGUUUCGGUCAACAGUAGCGCGGAUGAUUUGGAUAAGCGCGAUGCGGUUGCGGAGGAGCGUGGACAAUGGGGGAGCAAAUGGGAAUUUAUUCUUUCCUGUGUGGGGCUUUCAGUGGGGCUAGGAAACGUAUGGAGAUUUCCUUACUUGGCGUACCAGUAUGGCGGGGCUGCUUUCCUGAUCGCGUACCUAAUCCUGCAGAUCCUAAUCGGUAAACCUAUGUACAUGAUGGAGCUGGUAAUGGGACAGUAUUCCGGGAGUGGACCAACCGCAGUUUGGGCUAUGAACCCGAGCGCCAAAGGAAUUGGUAUAUCUAUGGCAUUGAUUUCACUGGUUGUAGCUAUUUACUACAAUGUCAUAAUGGCGUAUACAUUGUAUUAUUUCUUCUCAUCCAUGCAAAAAGUGUUGCCAUGGACAACGUGUAAAGAUGAAUGGGCGGUGCUAGGGUGUACGCAACAAACACAGAAGAAGCUAGCGGAAUGCACUGGAAAUGCCACUGUUGACAUACUUUCAAAAUGCUUGUGUACAACAAACUAUACUGUAAAUUAUAUGCUCGAGCAAAGUAAUGUCUCGUGUACGAAUACAACGAACGUGGCAGUGGCGGAGUUAUAUUUUGAAAAGACUGUGAUACAGAAGGCUCCAGGAAUGUAUCCUGACCAAGUUGGAGCCCCAAUCUGGCAGCUGGCUUUGUGCCUGUUGCUCUCCUGGAUGGUUGUUGUAGCCUGCCUGAUCAAGGGAGUCAAGUCAUCCGGAAAAGUUGUCUAUUUCACAGCAACAUUUCCCUAUGUAAUAUUGCUGAUAUUAUUAGUGAGAGGAUGUCUAUUAGACGGAGCCAUUGACGGUAUCAAAUAUUUCAUUAUACCGGACUGGAAUCAACUGUUGAAGCUUGAGGUAUGGGUGGCCGCUGCAGGUCAGAUGUUUUUCUCUCUCAGUGUGUCUUUCGGUGGUAUUCUCAUGUUUGGCAGUUACAAUAAGUUUAGCAACAAUGUUUACGGUGACGCUUUAUUAAUUAGUAUCAUGGACGUUGUUACGAGCAUCAUCGCGGGAUUCGUCAUCUUCACCACAUUUGGAGGCAUGGCUAAAGAGAUUGGUGUCGAUGUACAGGAUGUGGCUAAGGGUGGCUAUGGUCUGGCGUUCGUUGCCUAUCCCGAGGCAUUGUCAAAUCUUCCUCCAGCCCAACUGUGGUCUGUCCUCUUCUUCUUCAUGUUGUUUACUCUGGGAUUGGACAGCGAGUUUGCUUUGUUAGAGACAGUUAUGACAUGUAUACAGGAUGAAUAUCCACAUCUGAGAAAAUACAAGAGUUAUAUGUGUGUAGGAUUUGGUGUGGUCCUCUAUUUCUGUGCCCUACCCUGUGUCACACCGGCUGGUGAUUAUAUUGUAUCAUUAAUGGACCAUUACGGUGCAGAUUUCUCCGUCCUGUUUGUAGCUACAUGUGAAUGUAUUUCCGUUAUGUGGGUAUACGGAGUAAGGCGGUUUUUGAAUGACUGUACGUAUAUGUUGGGACAUCCACCUCGACCGAUGAUCUUCUGGGCCGUCUGCUGGACCUUCUGUUCGCCUAUUCUCAUUGGCGCAUUAUUCCUCUACAGAAUGGCAGAUUACAACCCACCAGAAAUAAGAAAGGGCGAGCCAUUCCCACAGUUUGCUCAGGCCAUUGGCUGGGUUCUUACUAUUAUCGUGCUUCUCCCUAUACCAGUCACAUUCCUCUAUAAACUGUUUAAAGCUAAAGGAAGUCUUUUAGAGCGCUUGCGCGAGAUUACCACGCCCACUUCCGAUUGGGGACCCAAUGACGGGUCAGAUAGAAAACCAUUAGAAAACGCCUACCACAUGGAGCGGAAAUAUGGUUUAGACAAUCCAGGGGCAGUUAACUCUAAUAUCUAAAAAUAAAACGGGUCUUACAUUCCAUUGACACUUACGUCAUUAUGUACAUAUCUGACCAUAUCUCAUACUCAUCAAACCAGUGUCAACAUACUCAUUAGUUUAUUAUAUCAAUUUUAGAUUAUAUUAUAUACUUUUAAAAUACGUGUGAUGUCAAAUCUAUUUUAUCAAGUACUGAACAAGUUACAAUUUAUAUAGACACCGUGCAAAGGUACAUUGACCGGAAGUAGUAUGUGCUUGUAAUCGCAAGACAGAUUUGCGGAAUAUGGAACAGUGGUUUCGGUUAUCUACCGUGGUACUGCAAACUGUUGAGAACAGUUUUUUAUGUGCUUUCUUUAUUUUUUAACAAGAUGUAAAUAAGUAAAUAAGUUUUGCAUUUAAAACAUUUUUAAUUAUAUUACUUACACUCUUUGGCAUUCUACAAAAGAACUAUCCACAUUAUUUCUAUUUGUUUUGUGAUUUUAAUUAUCACUUUUAGAAGGUUUAUUCAGCAAACAGUUUACACAAGAGUUUUUAUGGAAUUUUAUUAUUAUUACAAUUUACAAUGCUUUAUAGUUACAAAAAAUAAAUAUGCUUUUAAUUCGA